UCCAUAAAUGGGAGGCAAGGGGCAGUAGCCUUCCUUUAGAGUUAGACAUUAUUUUUGUUUUCCUCAGCCCAGAGCUUGCUAAGCUGGGUAAAGCUGUUCCUCCCCUCUGCUUUGCCAUAUUGACAUCUCAUUAGGAACAGUGAGAAGAAGCAGGUUCCAACAUGUCAUCUAAGAGAGUGCCAUUCUAUCAAAGGAGACACAAGCAUUUUGACCAGUCCUAUCACAACAUUCAGACAAGAUAUUUGCUUCAGGAAUAUUCAGCAAGGAGGGCUGCUUCUAGACAGGCUGCUUCCUACCAGACAUCUUCUGACUUGGGAAAGACAACAUGUGUACUUUGUGCCAGGAGACAGCAUGCCCUUUCUGAUGUUUUCUUCUGUUCACGCAGGAGUCAGGAGCAAAGGUCCCAGCACUGGAGUGAACAGAGGAGAAUCCGGUAUGUCAAGAGCUUGGCUUCUUUGGAAGAGGAGCUUCGCACAGCCAAGCUCCUUGCUAGAGAACAACUGGAUAAAGUCACCAUACAGAGAAUGGUACAAGAGAAAAUGGCACUGGAAAGGUAUUCUGUUGAAGAGAGCAUUAGUCGAGCCCCUGAAAUUCUGGUACGGCUCCGGUCUCAUACUGUUUGGGAAAGAAUGUCCGUCAAGCUUUUCUUCACCGUCCAAGGAUUUCCCACUCCUGUUGUACAAUGGUACAAAAAUGAAGAACUGAUUACUCCUGCAAGCGAGCCUGGAAAGUACAGGAUUGAAAGCAAAUAUGGAGUGCAUGUGUUGGAAAUAAACAGAGCUAACUAUGACGACACUGCUACUUAUACUGCAGUGGCAACAAAUGUACAUGGACAGACAUCAACCAAUGCUGCUGUCAUUGUGAGAAGAUACAGAGGGGAUGAAGAGCCCUAUCCUGCUGGAAUUAUAUCUGGUCACUUGCCAAUGCCACUAGACAUCUGUUUCACCCAUUUUGAUGUGCAGUUUUUGGAGCGGUUUGGCAUCACUUUUGGUGUGGAGGGGGAAACACUUACUCUCAGAUGUGGUCUCCUGGUGACACCUGAGCUGAAUCGUCUUCGGCCACGGGCUGAGUGGUACAGAGAUGAUGUGCUGAUCAAGGAAUCCAAAUGGACAAAGCCCUUCUUUGGAGAAGGUCAGGCAGCACUAUCUUUCACCCACCUGAACAAGGAUGAUGAAGGCUUGUACACCCUGCGCAUAGUCUCAAAAGGAGGGGUCAGUGAAUACAGUGCAUUUCUGUUUGUGAAAGAUGCUGAUGCACUGGUAAUGGGGGCACCAGGAGCACCAAUGGAUGUGAAAUGCCAUGAUGCGAACAGAGAUUAUGUUAUAGUUACUUGGAAACCACCAAACACAACUCAUGAAGCUCCAGUUAUUGGAUAUUUUGUAGACAGGUGUGAGGUGGGUACUGAAAAUUGGGUUCAGUGCAAUGAUGCUCCUGUAAAAAUCUGCAAAUACCCAGUGACUGGAUUGUUUGAAGGACGCUCCUAUGUAUUCCGUGUGAGGGCAGUCAACCAAUCUGGCAUCAGCAGGCCAUCCAGAAUCUCUGAGGCAGUAGCAGCUCUUGACCCCUUGGAUUUGGAGAGGCUUCAGACUAUUCACCUGGAUGAAGGCAAGCAAAUUGUAAUCUAUCAAGAUGACCUUGAAGGCGACAUUAAGAUUCCAGGACCUCCCACCAACGUACACGCCUCAGAAACCAGCAAAACAUAUGUUGUACUCAGCUGGGAUCCACCUGUUCCCCGUGGCAAAGAGCCAUUAUCAUAUUUCAUUGAGAAGUCCAUGGUUGGCAGUGGGAGCUGGCAGAGGGUCAAUGCUCAAGUGGCAGUGAGAUCUCCUCGCUAUGCAGUAUUUGAUCUGGCAGAGGGAAAACCGUAUGUGUUCCGUGUAUUGUCAGCAAACAAGCAUGGCCUUAGUGAUCCUUCUGAAAUAACACCGCCCAUUCAAGCACAAGAAGGCAUUGUUGUUCCAUCUGCCCCGGGACGUAUUGUGGCAACAAGAAACACCAGGACCUCUGUUAUUGUACAGUGGGACAAACCAAAACAUGAAGAAGAUCUGUUUGGCUAUUAUAUUGACUGCUCUGUAGUGGGAUCAAAUCACUGGGAACCCUGUAACCAUAAGCCUAUCAAGUACAAUCGGUUUGCUGUGCAUGGCUUGGCAACAGGAGAGAAAUACAUCUUCCGUGUCAAGGCUGCAAAUGCAGUGGGAAUGAGUGAAAAUUCUCAAGAGUCUGAACCUAUAACAGUACAGGCAGCUCUCACCUGCCCAUCCUAUCCUUAUGGUGUCACACUUCUCAGCUGUGAUGGCCAUUCAAUGACCAUUGGCUGGAAACUUCCAAGAUACAGUGGCGGAUCACAUAUUCUGGGUUAUUACAUUGACAAACGGGAGGUACACCACCACAACUGGCAUGAAGUCAACUCUUCCCUUGUUAAUGAAAGGAUUUAUACGGUAGAGGAUUUGAUAGAAAAUGCAUAUUAUGAAUUCAAAAUUGCUGCUGCCAAUAUAGCUGGCAUAGGGCAGCCUUCUGAGCCCAGUGAGCAUUUCAAAUGUGAGGCAUGGACUAUGCCUGAACCCGGUCCUCCCUAUGAUCUUACGUUUUGUGAGGUCAGGAAUACAUCUCUUGUGAUUCUUUGGAAGGCUCCUAUCUACAUUGGUAGCAGCCCUGUUACUGGAUAUUUUGUGGACUAUAAGGAGGAAGAUGGGGAAGAAUGGAUCACAUUCAAUGAGAAACCAACUUCACGCCGUUACCUAAAGGUCACUGAAUUACAUGAAGGCAAAUGUUACUUAUUCAGAGUUCGCCCAGUGAAUGAUGCUGGCAUAGGCAAGCCAUCAGAUGUUUCUGAAGCUGUGCUUGUUCAGGCAAAACCAGACACCAAGGAAAUCACUGCAGGUGUGGAUGAAGAAGGCAAUAUUUACCUUGCCUUUGACUGCAAAGAAAUUUCAGAUGCUUCUCAUUUUACUUGGAGUAAAUUCUAUGAAGAGAUAGAUGAUUCUGAAAAGUUUAAAGUGGAAACAGCUGGAGAGCACUCCAAACUCUAUUUUAAAAAACCCGACAAGGAAGAUUUGGGGACAUAUGCUGUGGCUGUUAGUGAUACUGAUGGCGUCUCAUCAAGUUUCGUUAUGGAUGAGGAAGAACUUGAACGUCUGAUGGCUCUAAGUCAUGAAAUCAGGAAUCCAACUAUUCCUCUGAAGUCUGAAUUAGCCUAUGAGAUUUUGGACAGAGGACAAGUUCGUUUCUGGCUUCAGACAGAGAGCAUUUCAGCUGAUGCCAGCUAUAGAUUUGUAAUCAAUGACAGUGAAGUUGUCAACAGUGAGACACAUAAAAUUAAAUGUGAUCAUUCAAGUGGUAUAAUUGAGAUGAUCAUGGACCGCUUUACUAUUGAAAAUGAAGGUACUUAUACUGUCCAGCUCCAAGAUGGAAAAGCCAAGAAUCAAUCUUCAUUAGUUCUUAUAGGUGAUGCAUUCAAGGCUGUCUUGGCUGAGGCUGAAUUCCAGAGAAAGGAGUUCCUGAGGAAACAAGGUCCUCAUUUUCUGGAGUAUUUGUAUUGGGACAUUUCAGAAGAAUGUGAAGUGUUGCUGCUCUGUAAAGUAGCAAAUACCAAGAAGGAGACCUUUUUCAAUUGGUACAAAGAUGGAGCUGGACUUGAGCUUGAAGAGGCGCCCGAUCUGCAGAAAGGAGUGUGCUGCUUCACUAUUUCAAGGCUGUCUAAAAAAGAGCAAGGUGAAUAUAAGGCAACACUGUCAGAUGAUCGAGGUCAAGAUAUCUCUGCUCUUGAUGUGUCAGGGAAAGUGUAUGAUGACAUGAUUCUGGGAUUGAGUAGAGUCAGUGGUAAAUCUGCUUCUGAACUGAAGAUCCACUGCACUCCAGAAGGAAUAAGGCUUCAGUGUUUCAUGAAGUACUACACAGAGGAAAUGAAAGCAAGUUGGUAUCACAAGGAGUCUAAGAUUUCUUCUAGUGAAAAGAUGAGGAUUGGAGGGAGUGAUGAAAUUGCCUGGAUGCAGAUUUGUGAGCCUACAGAAAAGGAUAAAGGGAAAUACACCUUCGAGCUGUUUGAUGGCAAGGAAGCCUAUAAGCGGACGAUAGAUCUAUCUGGGCAAGCAUAUGAUGAUGCGUUUGCAGAAUUCCAGAGACUCAAGGCUGCAGCUUUUGCUGAGAAGAAUCGUGGUAAAGUGAUUGGUGGAUUACCUGAUGUCGUAACCAUAAUGGAAGGCAAGACCUUGAAUCUGACCUGCACGGUGUUUGGUAAUCCUGACCCUGAAGUGGUUUGGUUCAAGAAUGACAAGGAGCUUGAACUUAAUGACCACUAUGUAGUUCAGCUGGAGCAAGGAAAAUAUGCCAGUCUGGUAAUCAAAGGUGUGGCAUCGGAGGAUUCAGGGAAGUACAGCAUCAACGUCAAGAACAAGUAUGGUGGCGAGAUGGUGGAUGUGACCAUAAGUGUUUAUAAACAUGGCGAAGAGGUGCCAGAAGUUAAACCUGCUGCAGGAAGUAGUAGAAUUAAACCAAUACCUCCAGAACCAGUUCAAGAAUCCUCCAAGAAGGAUAAAGCUGGGAAAAGUAGCAAGAAGUAGAUUUGGAAAGGGGGUGGGUGAAGCUGUAGUUCUUUUUUUCCCCCUGUAGUUUUUCUUAAAUAGAUAACUGACAAUGUCAAAGGAAUAGUUAGGCUUUUUGAAGUGUGUGCCAGAGUCUCAUUUGUCUCACAAUACCACCUCCAUAUGCAAUCACAUCAUUAGGAAGAGAAAUGUUACUCAGCUUGCCAAAAACAAAAGAUCAUUACAGUGGCAGCUGUCAUUAACUUAUAUUUUGUUCACUCAUUAUUAUAUCCAUGGGGUGCAACUCUGCCUACUGCAACUGUGGCCUAUAUCCAGCAUUGUCCUAGCAGUUGGUUGCUACUAUGAUGAAACCCCCUGCCAGAAAGCUGGCUCUGGUGAGAGUCUCGUUCCCCUCCAGAUAUAGGGGAAUGUAGGGGGAGGAAGUUUCACCCCACAUGGUUUUGAUGAUGGAAGCAGCUCAGUCAGGGGAGGUACCCCAUUAGAUCCUGGCCUGCAAUAGCAAGACAAAUUAGUUACAAAAAAGGAAAUAUUGCUUCUUAAUCUGAGAUUAUUCUCAGUGCUUUUGUUAAAACCCCACUCAGUGCUUUAGUUAAAACCCCACCGAACUCCAAUGGGCUACAGUGAUGCACUCCUAUGCAAGAUUGCAGCCUCAGAAAAAUCAGAUGAACUGAAAAAGGAAUGACCUUCUAAGUUCCCCUUUGCAUAAUUGCUACUUUUUAGUGCAAACUGACCUUUGGUACCAUUUUAUCAUCACCUUUGACUUGUUUAAGCCAUUGGUUUCACUGUUUGUUUGUUUCCCCCUGCUUUGUGCUAAUAAAAACUUGAAAAGUCA